AUGCCACUGGGACGGCCUCGUGCGCCAGGUACCGAAGCAGAGCGAGCAGAAGCGCGACGAGCCAAAGUCAGAAAGAAUGUGCAGGCAUUUCGUCGUCGUCAGAAGGAGAAGAAACUUGCCGAUGCGGCAGCGCAAGCCACGAAGGUAGCCCAAGGACCAGGUGGACGAGUUGGAUCAACAAUUUGCCGAGAGGGCUAUCUCGAUGUCUCGUCGCGAAGUGACACACCAAGUGUCAGUGCGCGAUCCAGUCCUGGGUUAGGCAACUCGACACUUUCGGCGUCCCCAGAAUAUGAUUAUGCAGAUCCUGACUCGUGGAUCUGGCGGUUUCCUCAGGACGUCUUGGGUGAACCCCAGUACCAAAACACCUUUACUCUAGCAGCACAGGACUCUGCAGAGUGGUGGCCAGAGCAGAGCAAUGACAAUACCUCUUCGACUGCCUCCUACGACCCCUUCCGUGCGUUUGCUGGUUGCGGAUCGACGUGGUUUCAUGUUGCUAUGAUGGAGGCUGUCGAACCAGGACUGAAGAUCAUCAAUGAUGCUUGCCUGGCAUCCGCACUGACGAUCAUCAGCAGAGAACGAGAAAACAACAACCUGGGUGUCUCAGCGGCAUUUAUCCAGAGCCGUGCGCUGCGGCAUCUUCGAGAAUCUCUGCAGCGGUGGGCAGUAGAGCCUCGACGUUGUGUCCUAUCAGCCUAUCGCUAG